AAGUUACCGUUUGUUUUUAUUUGUUUUUAAUUUUAGUGUAAGUUUUAAGUUUAUGUGCUUGCUUGCAAAGUUUCUUUGGGCGCGCUUACAACCACCCAAACUUCAUCUACAUGACCUUAACCAAGAAAGAGAUCUUGGGAGGCUGUUGCGUACUCUCCGUCUGUCGCCAGUGCAACUGGCCUGUUGCCAUGGGAACCAUUGGUUACCUGUUGGGAGUGGAAAAUACGACAUUGGGCGCCGUUUAUCGAGAGCUUACAAAGGCUCUGAACAUUAAGAUCAGCACUAUCGGCAUCAUGGACAUGCUGGAAAGCUUCUGCUAUGAUUUCAAGCUGGGUCCUCAACAGAUAGAGGUGUUUGCUGAACCCCCCCAACGGCUGGUGGACAGGGCGUCUGCUUUGAUUGAACUAGCCGCUGAUGCCUGGAUAGUGACGGGCCGCCAGCCUUUGCCCCUCCUCAUGGCAGCGGUGUAUUUGGCCUGGCAGUCACUAAAUCCUAUGGUCCGCAUGAAAUACACCUUCAAUAAGUUCUGCAAGAUCGGACAAGCACCUGAACAGUCGUGGUGCAGGAGCAGAGAUUCGGUUGUGAGGCGGCUGAAAGAGCUGCGGGAUGUGCUGUGUAAACUGGGCCGAGAGCUGCCGUGGCUGAGGGGCGGCGAGGUGGAGCCCAACACCGUGGUCAAACUGGUGGAUGACAUCCUGAAGAACCGCAAGGCGUUGCUCAUGAGGGCCGUUAGAAACUACGAACAACAACUGCAAAAUGAGACCCAAACGACAGAAUGCGACAAAGAGCCAUCAGAUUCAAACUGCUCUGAUUCACCUUCCUCAAAGACUCCUGAGCUCCUGCAUGCCGGUCAGGCAGAAUGUGAGAAUCCUCCUGAUAAAGAAGCCACAGAUUGUCAACUACCACCAAACCACGAGUAAAAGGCACUUGUUUUUACCUCCCUUCGUGAAGAGUUGCAAGCGGCAGAGGGUUGACGCUCCGCAGCUGGAAGUGA